CUGAACUUUCCCACUGGUGCAGACUUCGGAAGUCCUAGCUUCUCGCCGCGAUCGCAGGUGUCUCACAGAUCCUCAAGUUGCCUAAUGAACAGUAGGCCAUGCAUUCAGAUUCUCCGAGACUCCGAUCAAUAACUACCCUCGAACGACCACGACUCUACACCUUGCCUUUUGACGCUUGUUCUAUCACGAUAAUUUUUGCAGGGUCCGUCGUGAUUAGUACCAAUGCAUGCCUGCCUUUGGCUCCCAGAGAUUUUGAUAUCCAUAUUCGCGGAACUGACGCAGGUCACCGAGGGCGAUGUCCAACCAUCAUAUACCACUCUGUACCACCUGGCGUUGACGUGUCGAGCUUUCCGAGAGCUGGCACUGGACGCCCUAUGGGCGCACGUACAAACGCCAGACAUGCUUAUCAUGUGCCUACCCCAGGACGCUCGUUCUCAACCCGUAAAAUUUGCCAGGGGGGGUCGCACCAUAUUGAAUACCGGAUACAGUGCGCGGCUUCUCCGACCCUUGGUGGACGAUGAUCGUGCUACUUUUCAAAAGUAUGCGUGUCGCGUGCGCUCGCUAACUUUCGAAAAAUAUGAUGACCGGAAAUAUCGUAAGCUGCAUGAUAGCGCCGCGCUUGCUCUUCUGGACUCUCCUGCUUCGCCGUCCUCGCCGUUUCCUCUGCUCCGCGAGCUGUACUGGUACGACAAGCGCGAUGUGCUUCUUCCUUGCUUACAACGCUGCAUUUCCACCACCCUCACUCGACUAAUCAUCCAUUCGGAGCUUUGGCCAUCAGCAAUGGUCGAUCUUGUUGCAGGCCUGGGCAAGGCUUGUCCUAAGAUCAAAGAAUUUCGUUGUUCGAUGCCGACUGCUAGUGCAUGCGCCAUGCUGUCUGAUUUCGUCACCUGCUGGGAUGAUUUAGAGAUCUUGGAGACGGGAGCAGUGAAUGCACAGGCAUUGCAGCAUCUUGCAUCCCUGAAGAAGCUGAGGGAGCUGAAGAUGCUCAUGCCAGAAGGUCACAACCUGGACCUAGACCCGACAUCGACGUUCAGCGUCAUGUUUUCGUUGGACGAGUUCAGCAUAACUGCUGCCAGUAUCGAGUUGCUUCUUGCUUUUUUAGCUCCCUUACAAAUCUCCGCGAAGAGCGCGAAGCUGGAUAUCGACUCACCCCCCAAAGCAGAUGACCUCAACCACCUACUUUCCUCCCUUACUGAGCAUUUUCAACCCAAUGUUUUAAAAUCGUUGGGUGUCUGGGUGAAUCGCCCCACCGAGUUCGACGAUCACGCCCUUUUCGAACUGCCUCCUUCCGCCUUCCGAAAGAUCCGGGCCUUUGCAGGGCUCACCGAUCUCAAUCUCAGUUCGAUGCAUGUUUGUAUCAGCGACGACGAAGUUCUAGACCUCGUUUCCGCUUGGCCGCAAAUGGAAUGUCUUUACCUUGCUACUCGCUGGGACUGGGGAGUUACCCGCUUGGGGGUGACAUUUGGUGGGCUUGCGGGUAUCCUCGAGCGCUGUCCAAAUUUGCACACCCUAGGGGUCAACCUAGACACAUUGAUCCCCCACGACGCACUUGUCCACAUCGAUAACCAAUACAAUGGCAUCACCAGGGAGAAAGUCACCGACCUAGAUGUUGGGUAUGCGGAAUGCGACAAUGUCGAGGUCAUUGGCAACCUGCUAGCUGGGAUGUGUCCCAGCUUGACCCACAUCGAUCGUGCGCAUCCCAUAGAUAUUGAUUACGAUUAUCUUUCCGAUCAGAAUGAAUGGUUCGAAGAGACAGAUAGAUGGAAUGAGGUCGAGAGUUUUAUCGCUCGGAAGAGAAUGGAGCAACUAGAGCAGAACAAUGGUGAGUGCGCUUCACACUCACGCAAUCGUGCUCUCACGAGUCCUCGUGUAGGACAAUGACAUACCAGCGGAUUGUGUUACGAGUUUCGAGUUUUUUCUUUUCUUGUACAAGACGACUGCCACGUGACUCUAUAUAUUUGAGGGAACUACUCAACUUUCAUGGUGGAGGCAUCGAGUUGGCAUGCUCAGCUAUUAUAACAGUGCUUUACUUGUAAUGUGGACACGAGUGCAUGUCGAUUGACUCGACCUGUGUGGUACCGUUGGAGUAGGGGAUCCCGGGGGUAGGAACCGAGUGGCAACCGAGUAGCACCGUAGUUUAGCGAGCCAUUCAGUGUCCUUCGGGCUUUGUCGUAGCGCAGUGCUCUCGCAGGCCUACAGUCGCGAUACACCGC